UUUUGUCAGUGUUCCUGCCAGUGUUCUUGACAAUGUUUCUGCCAAUAUUCUUGACAGUAAUCUUGACACUGAUCUUGACAUUAAUUUUGACAAUAUCUUUGACAGUAAUCUUGACACUGAUCUUGACAUUAAUUUUGACAAUAUCUUUGACAGUGUAACAGAUCGUUACAUUGAUUGA